AAAAGGCAAGAAAGAGAUCGCAGCAGGGGCAAAGGGAGCGGACGGGAAGCGAUUUUUGCCGACUCUGGAUUCGUCCCCGGCGUGCGCAAGAAUGGCGGCGCUUCCCGGAUCCGUGCCGAGGAUGAUGCGGCCGGCGCCCGGGCAGAACUAUCCCCGCACGGGGUUUCCUCUGGAAGUAUCCACCCCGCUUGGCCAAGGCCGGGUCAAUCAGCUUGGUGGGGUCUUCAUCAACGGGCGACCCCUGCCUAACCACAUCCGCCACAAGAUAGUGGAGAUGGCCCACCAUGGCAUCCGGCCCUGUGUCAUCUCCCGCCAGCUGCGUGUCUCCCAUGGUUGUGUCUCCAAGAUUCUCUGCCGCUACCAGGAGACUGGGUCCAUCCGGCCUGGGGCCAUUGGUGGCAGCAAGCCCAGACAGGUGGCGACUCCGGAUGUGGAGAAAAAGAUUGAGGAGUACAAGAGGGAAAACCCAGGCAUGUUCAGCUGGGAGAUCCGAGACCGACUGCUGAAGGAUGGGCACUGUGACCGCAGCACUGUGCCCUCAGGUUUAGUGAGUUCGAUUAGCCGCGUGCUCAGAAUCAAGUUCGGGAAGAAAGAGGAGGAGGAGGAAGUGGACAAGAAGGACGAUGAUGGCGAGAAGAAGGCCAAACACAGCAUCGAUGGUAUCCUGGGCGACAAAGGGAACCGGCUGGACGAGGGCUCAGAUGUGGAGUCAGAACCCGACCUCCCUCUGAAGCGCAAGCAGCGCCGCAGCCGGACCACGUUCACGGCCGAGCAGCUGGAGGAGCUGGAGAAGGCCUUUGAGAGGACGCACUACCCGGACAUCUACACCCGCGAGGAGCUGGCGCAGAGGACCAAGCUGACCGAGGCGCGCGUCCAGGUCUGGUUCAGUAACCGCCGCGCCCGCUGGCGUAAGCAGGCAGGGGCCAACCAGCUGGCAGCGUUCAACCACCUUCUUCCAGGGGGCUUCCCGCCCGCCGGCAUGCCCACGCUGCCCCCCUACCAGCUGCCGGACUCCACCUACCCCACCACCAGCAUCUCCCAAGAUGGGGGCAGCACCGUGCACCGGCCCCAGCCCCUCCCACCGUCCACCAUGCACCAGGGGGGGCUGGCUGCGGCUGCCGCGGACACCAGCUCGGCCUACGGAGCCCGCCACAGCUUCUCCAGCUACUCAGACGGCUUCAUGAACCCGGGGGCACCCUCCAACCACAUGAACCCCGUCAGCAACGGCCUGUCUCCUCAGGUGAUGAGCAUCCUGAGCAACCCCAGCGCUGUGCCACCGCAGCCGCAGGCCGACUUCUCCAUCUCCCCGCUGCACGGCGGCCUGGACUCGGCCACCUCCAUCUCGGCCAGCUGCAGCCAGCGGGCUGACUCCAUCAAGCCAGGAGACAGCCUGCCCACCUCCCAGUCCUACUGCCCGCCCACCUACAGCACCACCGGCUACAGCGUGGACCCCGUGGCUGGCUACCAGUACGGCCAGUACGGCCAGACUGCUGUUGACUACCUGGCCAAAAACGUGAGCCUGUCCACACAGCGCCGCAUGAAGCUCGGGGAGCACUCCACCGUGCUGGGACUCCUGCCUGUGGAAACUGGCCAGGCCUACUAGGGCCCCUGGGGCGCCUGGCCCCAGCCCAAGUCCCAGCCCAACAGCUUUGAUCCCUGAGCCUCCCAGCCUCAGUCCCUUCAUUGCCCUGGGGUCCCAGGAAGCCAGGAAAGGAGCCCAUUCUCUUCUAUAGCCAGCCCUCUGGACAUGUGCAGCCAGUCUACCAUUUGCCCGUGGUCAGGCACCAAGAGGGACCCCUUGGAGUCUGCCCCUCCGCUCUCUCCCAGGAGGGUUUCCGGUCAGCCUGAAGCCUGCCACCCCCCCCGCCCACCACCACCACCCAGUCAAAUCCUGUUGUGGCCUCUGUGCCUUCUCAGGCACGGAGAUCGAAGCUCACCCGGAAUAGAGGACCUUGGGCACCAAAGGGGGUGGUGUCUGGGAUGAGGUCCUGGGGCCCUUAGGACCCGACUCCGGUGAGUAUCCCAGCCAAGGGUGCAGGGGGAGCUCACAGGGCUGCUCUCAGCAGAAAAUGUUUGGGGCUGGCUACCCAGGUGGGUCAGAAGCACAGCCCAUUCCUCCCCUGGACCCUGAGAGUCCAGCUAGCCCUGGGGUUUUCCCAGGAGAAUCACUCAAGAAUUCUGAGGGCUCCAGGACCCUUCCCACAUACCUCUGCUGGGUGUAGGGGGGAAUCUGGCCCAGGCAGGGGUACUGGGGGGGCCAGGAAUAGGCUCAGCCAGGGGGCGGGGCCGUGUGGGGAUGUGAGGACACAGCCCAGGCAUCAGGAGGCAGCAGGCUCUUAGGCUGAAGCCCACGUUCCGGCCUUGCCCACCCCACGCAGGGCCUGGGCAGCCCUCGGAGCCCUUCAUUUCUCUCAUCUGCCGAAUCAGAUGGGAGGGGGAGGGGAUCCAGUCUUGAGGACACCUGAGUGAAGGGGCACAGGGCAAGCUCAAAAGGGAUUUUUUAAACUGGGGCUCCCCUGCCUGCUGGAAGCAAAUCUUUGCUGCCAAAGGCUUCAGCUCUAUUCCUUCAAAACUACACCCCACUGAGGUUCCAUUUCUCACAAUGCCUCCGUCAGAGACCUGAGCCUUCCCCCUGGAAGCCCCACCCUCUGGGAAGGGGCCUCUAUCUACCUAGGAGUCGCUUUAGGCUGUUGGGGUGCUGGUCUCCCCUUGAGCUCUGGAGCAGGGUUCUGGGGCUGGUGGGGACUGCUUGUCCCACAGACGACCACUUAAUUCCCCUGGGCAUGGGGGCAGGAAGUGGCAUGUCUCUGUCACACCCAGAGUGACAUCUUUCUAUGUUGAUUCACUCUUGGCAGUGAGACCUCUGCUCCUGAGCCAGCACAGUUGGGUGGGCAGAUGUGGCCAGCCUGCAGGCCACCUCUCUGGGGCAGAGGGGCACCCCAAAGGCUCCAGAGAAGAGGGAAAAGCCGUUUUCCUUGGCGGCUCCAGUGGCUUCCCCAAGCUCCCUGCUCUUCAAGAGUUGAGACCUUCGGGGAAUGGUUCGAGCCCUGACUGCACCUCCGGGGAACGUUUAACCACCUUCACCUAUUUAUCAAAAUUAUAUUCAUCUUCACCAUCCCCGCCAUUAUAAUCUACACUUGGAUCCCCUUUAUCAAGUGCUGCUGGGUAGAAGGCACUGUGACGGGAGGAAAUAGCACUGAAUCCACAAAGAUUGGGCCAAAUUGCUUCUCCCCACAUGGGCAACGAGGCGACCUCUUUGCCCAACACAUGCCUCUUGCCCUCAGCCAACAAGACAUUCCUGGAGGGAAGGGUUGCUGCUUUGGGAGUCCGCUCGAGUUCCUCUCCAUUGGGGAACAGAGAGUUGGCAAGAUGCUAGGACACGUUCCUGCAUGGAUGUCACAAGCUCACCUGUUUCUCCUCUUCAGACUCAGUAAUACCAAGGCUGUCCUGGACUAUGGCCAGAGGAGCUUGUAUCUCUGGCUUAGAAGAAACUGUUAAUAACUGGGGACAAACAGACUCUUUGGAAGCCACCAACACCCAGCUGAGCACGACCUUGUGAGCUCCACCUCCACCCCUGGCCAGGUACACCCUGGAGUUGGGUCCAGGACCUCAUCCCAGACACCACCGUCAAGUUCAGCCAAGGUUUCAACUGGAGCAUCCACUACAGGAGACUCGGUUCUUCAAGCUCUGGACCUAAAAGAAGACUGUGUUGCCCCGUGGCGACUCUGUGCCUGCUUUUGUAGCUGUCACAGCCAGGAAGCUCUCCUUAAGAUCAACCCCACAAUCUUCAUCCCCAGUCUUUCAAUGGUCAAUCCUUCCCCCUGGAGGCCUGGCUCAGAAAUCACCCUUACACCCUCUGUUACCCAGGAGCAGGGGUCUCAGGCAGGUGACAUCAAAACCACCCAGCCCCACCCCUGGAAAGUGACAUUCCAGUGCUAGGACCAAUCCCAAAUAUCUUCCCCCUGUGGUGAAAUGGGAGUAAACCAAAUGAUUUCUCAUUAUAUCCAAUUUCUAUGUCACUCUCCCAAGCCAUCAUCUUGGUAGAAAAAAGGACUUAUUCCCCCCGGGGCCCCAGCCCUCUCAGAAAGAGACCCUGACCCCGACAGGUUUUUCCCUAAAACCCCUUGUGUUAAUAUGUCCAGCCAACUCGAUUGAUAAAAUUCAGCCUUGUGUUGGCAGCUCAGAACUUCCCCAGAGAGAAGAUGUGGAAUGAGAUGUACAAGGCUUCAAACUCUUGAGGAUUGACUACAGCCUGAGAAAGAAGGCCUGAACCCCAGGAGCCAGGCCAACCCAGAAACAAUCCCCAUCCAUCCCUGUAAAUAGAGUCCAUAGCAAAAUAAGAGAUGUUUCCUCAAACUUACCACAAGUAGCUAUUGGUCCUACCUAUGGGGGACGCCUCUUCUGAGCUCAUUGUACAUUAGUUGGAAAUGUGGUGAUGUGCUGUUCGUUUAUAGGAAGCUGACAUAUAUAUAUAUAAUAUACAUAUAUAUAUAUACACACUAAAAAAGGAAAGAAACACCCCCACAGUGUGUGUCGUGCUAGUGCCAGGGACCAUCUGUAGGGAUUUAUCUGCAUAAUGCUGUGUUUCAAAUUAUACAUUCCAGGCUCUAUUGGGUUCUUUCAUUUUUAAUGCUUUGUUUUUUCAUUUGGUAUUUCUCUCGCUAUAAAAAAAAAAAAGGAAGUGAUGUGCAAGCUAUGCUUUUAUACUCGUAUUUCUUACUUGAUUUACCUUUGCUGUUCUUUUGCCAGAGGAACAUGCAGGGGAAGAGAGAGAGGGGAACAAGAGAGGAGAGAGGAAUGGAGAGAGAGGUUUGCCCAGAAGAAAGGUGAGGUCGGACUGCUGACCUGACUGUGGCUUGAGGACAGGACAGUUCCCAGACUUUGACCGCUCCACCAAAAUCCAAUGUUUUAGGUGGAGCUGCUGAAGCAUUCUGAGAUUGGAUCCUAGACCUUGGGGAAACUAUGAUUGCCCACAAAAGGCAUUCCCUGGGGCCUGUCUCAGGCUGAUGUGCUCGACAAGCUCCUGAAUGCGCCCUUCACCACUGGACACUUUUUGAGGUGGCCAAGUCUUCUCUUCUCCCCUCCUGCAGAGGCACCAAGCCAAGACCAAAUUGGGGGACUCCAGACGCCAUCUUGAAAUGCUCAGAAACAAAUGCAUAUUGAAUGCUUUUCCUGUCAACUCUAACAUUGGCCAAUCCCCUACCUGGGAAAUACCUACAUAGCACUCUAGAUCAUUCCUUCUAGUAAAUGCAACUCGGUUGCUUCUGUGUUUGAUUGACUCACAGCCAUUUUCCUCCAUGUGGAGUGAAUGUAUGUGCAUGAGAGUGUGAAUGGGUGUGUGAAUGGGGCCAUGGGCCCGAGGAUGUGUGUUUAAAUAUAAUCGCACCAUAAUUUAUUCAGCUAUAUGGAGUAGUAGACUAGAAAGAGAAACUGGCAUUUGCUUUAACUACCUGCUUGUAAGCGCUUCCUCUGUAACUCAGGCGUAACUGUUAUACAUUAAAAGAAAUUA